AUGGCGAAAGCUUCCCAUACAUUGCAAAAAGGUGCUGUUGUCCAGCAGGCCGCCAAAGCCCAUAACCUGAAAGGUCAACUGCCUGAAGGGAGCAUCGAAUCCUUGACAACAACCAUUCGUUUCGUCACGCUGAAAUGCCGAACACUAUCGAGUGAACUCCAAAAAGCCGCUCUAUCCAGACUUCUGCGAUAUCUCUUCGUGCCUUUUGUUGCAUUGCAGGAAACACGCAUGAGAGAUAGGCCUGUCAUCAGCAUCGAAAAUUACACCAUAUACUGCGGCGAUGCUGAUGAGAACAAAGUAGGUGGCUGCGCGAUAGCUGUGAGGAACGAUUACAAGAACCUGGUGGAGAAAUUUGGCCCAACCUCGUCUAGAUGCGUCUUUCUACGACUGCGGGAUCGCAGAGGAUGUAAACUCUGGAUCGUAAGUGCUCACGCACCUACGGAAACCGCUGAGGACAACAGUAAGGACGCCUUCUAUGAUGAACUCAAUGCGUUGAUGUCUAAAAUACCAAGCCAGCAGGUGGUCAUUGUCGGAAUCGACGCAAAUGCAAAGAUGGGACUCAAACAGCAAUCCGAUGUGCUAAGAAAAUGGUAUUAUCCAGCGGAGCCCACGUCGGACAACGGCGACCGUCUGGUCGACUUGUGCGAACAGGCGGGCCUCGUCAUCGCCUCCACGUUUAAGAGGAAUCAUCGACGCCAUCAGCUCACGUGGCAAGGGUCAACCCUUUUAACCCCUGAAGAGCAGCGCAAGCGGAAGAUGAGGACUCUUAAGCUUCAGCUCGACUACGUUCUGGCGAGGAACAUUCCUCAGUCAGAUAUCCGAAAAUCUAGAGCUGUUUGGGACGUCGCGUUCGACUCUGACCACCGCCCAAUUCUUUUCAGCUUUAAGAUACGAUUCAACAAGAGAAACCGAGGAGUUCCUCUUCAACCGAAAAUCGACAUGGCAGGUCUGAAAGACGAUGAAUGCAGAACAAGAUUCCGCCAACGUGUGUCUAUUCAUUUUGGAGUACGGACCAGGAAGAAACAUAGCGAUGUGGAUUCCUUCACAAAGUGCAUCCAGGACGCUGCAAGGAAAAUGCUCCCGGUUCUAUUGCCGCGGAAGAAGUUUGCCUUUGCAUCUGCGGAAACAAAAUCCACGUACAAUUCUGUAUGUGUCGCGCGCAGCGCUGGUGACUUCAACCAGGAAAAGCGUCUUAGAAGGAAGCUGCGUCGUCAACUGCAACAAGACCGCGAUAACGAGUGGACGUCAAAAACGAUGGAGUGA